UCCGAAUCGGAUGGGUUUUUGAUAAGAGCACACCCACAGUGGUCAGUGGCCGAUUUUGCGUUUACUGAUCUCGUCGUCAUGCCUAUCGUCAUCGUUCAUCGCCAACACUGCGAAGGAUACAACUAGUUGACAAAGGUGUGUAGACCGUGGGAAAAAUAAAAAAGCGCCCACAGAUAUCUUCUUUCCCUUCGGAAGAGCAAAGUCCGGUUCGGGUGUUCAACUGCCCUGUCUCCGACGAGGGUAGAUUUUCGCGCAAUAAAACAGUCACUGAUCCAGGGUCCGGUUUCAGGCCCGUGUUUGUGACCCAGGAUCAAAGUGGAUUUCCGGUGGCUUCCGGAGGGCGGCGAGUACAUGUGUGUGUGUGGUGUUCCGUCGGUCGGUUUGUUUACAGAUUUGUGUGAAUCGCCGUGCCGGUCGGACGAUCAUUGAUACUUGAAUACAGCAAAAUAAGUUUCGUGAAGUGAUAAGAUAAAUAGGGCAGUGAUUGAAUGUGAAGUUUCAACAGCAGUGCAUCGCGAGGGGAGUGUUGAAUCUCCGCAAAUGGUGAUCCCUCCGUCAAAACAGGGCACCGAAACGUACGAUGACAUGCGAAAGCGGUUCUCGUGUUGAACACGUUAUCUGUUGAUAAUUUAUUAACAGGUUCGCGUCCAGCUGCAGGUUCUCCUGGUUGCCAGCUUUUCUUGUCUCGGUGCCAAUCAGCUGUGUGUUAAUCUUGAAAACGAGCAACCAACCAACGGUUGGAUGACCGGAGCCGUUCAUCAGAAAUAGAUAGUACAGAGUUAGAAGAUACUAAGCCCGGAUUGAAACAAAGCUGUGCCGCGCUCUGCUGUGUGCGUGGGCGUCUGUGUGUGUGUGUGUGGGUGGGUGUGGGUGAGAGAGAUCGUGAGAACAUACGUAUCGUGUGUUGGCCAGCUGGUACGCUGGCACGCUUCCAAUCCGUCUGGCAAAAAGACGGAAGUUCAACUCCUCUCGGAUACGAGUUGUGUGCAUCGGCCGAGUGAAGCAUCAACGGAUGGACAAAAGAGCUAAAGCAAAACUAUCGUGUAAACUUCAACGGAAGACCCGUGCGGACUAGUGCUCAACUGAAACAUGUAGCAAACAGGAUUCCUCUUGAAUUCCUAUUUCGUAGUAGUAAACCAAACUUGUACAAAGCUUUGAUUGAGUGUGUCACCGUUCUGCUCCCACGCCCACACCCCACCUAGCUGUAGGCCCAAACCGGCGGAUCCCCGGACGACGAACAUGAAUGUCAUCUGGCGAGUGCUGUUCUACAUCGGAGUCCUGUGGCGUUUUCACGGAUGCAAGCACUUCAUCGUCGAAGCGUGCCCCGUGGGAUGCAUGUGUCUAUCGCAAUCACAGGUCAUGUGCAACAGUGGUGAACUUCGGGAAAUUCCACUGAAAUCGAUGCCGGUGACGGUGGAAGCACUUUCACUGCAGAAAAACAUUUUCCCUAUCAUUAAAAGCGAUGCCUUCGUGGGCCUGAAGGCACUGCGAAAGCUGUCACUGGAUCGGAAUAACAUCACCACCAUCAAACCGUUCGCCUUCCGCGGACUGCCCCGGCUGCGGGAUCUCUCCAUUCAGCACACGCCGCUGGCAACGGUGGCAUCGUUCGCCUUUGCCGGACUGCAGAACGUAUCCCAGAUUCAGCUGGCACACAACAAAAUCCUUCGAAUAGAGGCGUACGCAUUUGCCGGUUCUGCCGGCAUCCGGCUGCUCAACCUGGCCGACAAUCCCACAAUACUGGUCGAAACGAAUGCCUUCUCCAGUCUGGGCUCGGUCGAUCGGCUACUGUUGCCCUCGGGGAUUCGGAACAUAUCACAGGAUGCGUUUUUCGCACUGGACACGGUCGGCUACCUGAAACUUUCCUUCAUGGACCUGUCCGAGGUGAGUGCCUUCACCUUCCGGGGACUGACAAAUGUCCGGCUGCUGUCACUGCAGGAAUCCGACCUAGGUGUGAUCAGUGCCAACGCGUUCGACGGUCUGGACCAUGUCGACACUCUGAACAUCCUCAACAACAAAAUAGACGCCAUCCAGGAGCUGAACAUAACGCAGUGGAACCACAUCAAGACGCUGCGAUUGCAGGGAAACCAUCUGCUGGAAACUCCCGAGGCGGGCAGUAUCAUCAUGGAGGGCAUCGGUACGUUGCACGUCUCCGGUAACUACUUUCCCUGCGGGUGCCAUAUCCACACCCUGCUGGAAAGUCCCUUAGCGAACGGCAGUUACGGAACCGGGGAGGAUUUCCUUUCGAAAAACUACUGCAUCUCACCGCUGGAGGUCAACGGACUGCAGAUGAGCCAAAUCGAUAUCUUCGCAAUCGGCCGGUGCCACGAACAGGUAACGCGGGAGAACUUGGAAGCGUCCGGUGCAAGCUGCAACAGCCGAACAGUUCUGCUCCCCGGGGGACACCGGUCAGAUCAUCAGCGGUGGCACCACCACCGGUGGAACAAAAUCAAUUAUUCAGCUGUCGCACUGCAUCUGUGCGGUGCUUCGGUACUGUUAGCUUACUAUAAAUAUUUUAGACUUAAAAUCAGUUGAAUUUAAUGAGCUCGCCACCAGUCUGUUAGGUAUUAGAAAGCUUCGCGCGCGCGGUAAAGUGAGUCCCGGGAAUACCGAGGAUGUGUCCCGGUUUCCUGUUCCGCCCCUCUGUGGCACGACAGACACAAAGGCAGGUGGACCAACGGUGGGAUAAAAGUUCUUGAUGUCCUUUGUUAUGCAUAGAAUAAUAGGAUGGAUUACAAUUAGGCCACGGAUAAUUUUUGCACCAGGUAACAAACUACGGAAAAAUGUUCAACUGAUGCAGUUACAGCUCUGCAAUUGCAGUAUUAAAAGCAGCGUUGAGUCUACAUAGUUGCGAUGGUGAACAAUAGGAUGGGAAUUAGAGUGGAUGAUGCGUAGCAAAGCUUUCAAUUGAUUGGGAAGCCGAGAAUGGUUGUCCGCGAGUUCGCCGGAUAGGAAACGUAUGUUCGGUGCAGUUAAUUAUCGUUUCUAGGAUUGCUUUGCGAUGUUCACAAUAGGCAGAUAGAGCUGGAUCCGAGAGUCCGGGCCAUAAUGCACUCUUCAUUUUUAAUGAAUUGGGGUUUUCCCUUCGUUCAUCCGUGUAGAAGAGCGGUCUUCACCAACUAUCAAUCCAGAAGCUUUAAUCAUCCCAUUAAGUUGAUUUCGAUGUAGUACAAUGACGAUUCUAGCUAACGCUCAAUUAGCUUUCGGUUUUGUAAAACUCACAAAAAUUAUAUAAGUUUUCGUGAGAGACAACGUGGUUUUCAUAACAUAAUGAUUUGAUAUUCAAGUCGCCACUGUACACAACAAGCAAUUUUAUAUCGAGUUAUUAGCAGGCGCCAUUAAAAACCUCCGGUAAAUUUAAAUCUUCUAAGCAUUAGCAUUUGCAUUAACAUAUGUGUGGCUACUCCAUUAUAUGCACCGUGCACGACAACAAGUAGCGCUAUUAGUGGCAAAUAGGCGAAAUAAUCCAAUGAUAGCUUUGCACUGUUACCAUUCGUUUACGCUAAAUAAUAAAUCGAAAACAGUUCAACGUUUCUAUAAAUCAAUUAUUUGUUGUUAGUUUAGUUGACUCGUAUUUUCAAUAUGAAAAUGGUUUUGCCUCUCUCAUAAAUAAAGGCUUUGUAAUCGCUGUGAAAACCGACUUCACAACCGAGGCCCAGAGGGCCGAGUGUCAUAUACCAUUCGACUCAGUUCUUCGAGAUAACAACAUUCUCUGUGUGUAUGUGUUUAUGUGUGUACCCGAUCAACAGAGCAUAACAGGAUUCUAUCAAAAUUAUUUCUGAUCUUAAUAUUUAUAUCAUUCCAAUUUGCUUAAGAUUAUAGCAAGUCCUGAUAUUAUAUUAAGGGCUGUUAUAUUUCAGGUAAAACUAUACUAGAGAAUUGAGAAAAAAAGAGUUCAAGCACUUUUUCGAUCAUGUAUUUGACUUUCAACCCGAAAAAUGCUAUGCUUCAAUUCAAUCAGCAGUAAAAAACAUAUUUUCCAAUUUCACAUACACGAAGAUGCUUUUGAAAACAAUAAUUUGAUAUUGUUGUUGGUGGCUGUCACAGGUGUACUGGGGUUGCUAGUCUCCUUGUCCAGUUUAUCACAUGGCUUACCGUAGUGAACGGUGACGCUUGAGGAAAGAUCAUGCACACGCACUUCUAUAGCACUAUCUUCCAUAUAUACUGAAAUGUUGUACUUAAUGUUCUCGUGCUCCACAUAGUGCAUAUUGUUAUUGUCUUUUGCGAAUUGAAUUGCAUCCAACUCUUUAUAAAACUGGAUGUAAACAACAUUAUUCGUCUUAUUGCAUUGAAGUAAAUGCACACGUUUUAUAUCAAGAUGCAUCUGUUCCUUAAGCAAACCUUCAAAUUCACGUAUCGAAGGUCGAAUUUUGCACUGUCUGAAGUCAACAACAAUUGUAUUCUUUCGUGUCGGCGGUAGCUUUUGUUCUUUUGGUUCACUCAUUUCGAGGUCGUUCUAUUCUUCACUACACAAUACUGUACUUGGAUUCUUCCGUCCCGAACGUAAGCGGUUUUGUUAUAUCGACUGACUUGGAUGCGAUGUGAAUGCGAACUGAGUGUUCAAAACUUCAAAACGUUUUCAAAAGUGACGCUGCAAUAAACGAAAAGCAAAAUCUAAACUGGGCUCAAAACAAAAAUUUAAUCUCAGCUCAAUACUUUUUCGAUUUAUAGGUCUUUCAGUUGCAGACUGAAAAUAGCGACUUUAGUUUUACCGGACCCCGGAUGUACUGGAAAUAGAUCCAAAAUCAGUAAAAUCGGUUAUGUCAUCAAUUAAUAAAAUCUACAAAUUGCAGAUAUCGCAUUUUUCUCGUUGUGAUCUAUAUCAUUGCAUGAACAUUUUUACGUUCAUGAAAUAGACAAAAACGAUAUAUCGCACCAUAAUACCUUCGAUUUGAAAAGUUCAAUCUAUCCAUGUCUGAUAAUUUGAUGAUAGUUUCAUUUCGUAGUAUUUUGAUUACUUCCAAUCCGGAAGCAUGAGCCGGGAUUCGAAAUUUGCAAUGUAGAGUUUAAAGCAACCGACCCGCAUUAUGAGACAUUCCAUUUUAAUCAUUUUUCUGUGAGUCAAUCUAGGUAGAUAGGCAUUUGGUUGAUCAUCAAUCAUAAAAACUUGUUAUUCGAAUCGAUGUUAUAUACACUUCUUCUGAUUUUUCAUUGUCUUUAAAACGAAUUUUUAUUCUAAUCUAAAUUUACGAAAAUCGAUUCAGCCAUUUCCGAGAAGAUUAAGUGCACAUUUUUAUCAAAUAUACCCGCCAAUCGACACACAUACUCGUACAGACAAUUCACUACUUCAAUUGAACGAGCGAAUUGAUUCGAAUGUUAUUUGAAAGUCGGCCCUCUUGGUACGAAGAAGAAAAAACUGGAAAACUAUCAUUCAUUAGUUAAUUUCCUCAGAUUCUAUAAGGUAGUUUAGUCGGUUCCGUUCAUUUACAACUAUUCUUCAAACGAUAUAAAGAAAACUAUUCUUCAGUACCAAAAAAAAGCUUACUCAUAGUUCUAAAAUAGCCCCUUUGUCAUUCGUAUGCCGGUUAGAAGGAAACGACGAAAGAGAUGGAGAGCGAUAGAUUAUUUUUGUAGCAAUAUGGACUUACACUAGUUAUUAUAUGAUGCCAAUAUAUCCUUCCAACCUCAGUUGGUUGUCAUGCCCCGAUGCAAUCGUAGCGUAGGUUGGCAACUCAAAACUUACCGGUUCGAAACCAGUCGCUUAACUGGGAAUGACUUUUUUUAUAUGGCAAAUCAAAUCGUCUAAAGGUAUGCAAUUUCAUCUUACUCCACGAAAUCUAUUUUUAGAUUUGCACGGUAAAGCCUUUCCCCCCAAAAAAUGGGUAAUAACAGCAGAAAAGUAGUACUAAAUUUGAAACAAAUUUAGAUAUAAUAUUGAUAUUUACAUAUCAAGGUUUGUAACAAUUUUGUUAUCACCUAGGUUAUUGAGUUAUAAUUUUUGAUAUUUUAACUAUCAACGAGGCCAAGGUUAUCACUAAUUUAGAUAGAAAAAAACAAAACAACCCCAGAUACCAUUUUGUUCUCCCUUGUUGAUCGGGUAUGUAUGUGUGUACGUGACAAAUAAUGUUAGUCAAUUUUCUCUGAGAUGGCUGAACCGCAUUUCAAAAACUCAGAAAAAAAUAGUCACACACGUUUCUCAGAGAUGGCUGAAAUCAUAAGCUUUAAAUUCAAAUGAAAGGUCUUAUGACCCCAUACAAAAUUCCUGAAUAUCAUUUGGAUCCGACUUCCGGUUCCGGAGUUACAAGGAAAGGUGUGCAAAUUUAUGAACAAAUUUUCUCAAUCAAUUUUCUCGGAAAGUUCGUAACAGAUUUUCACAAACUAAGAAACUAAAAUUCUUGAAAUUCUCUAAGGGGAGUGGAGGGUGAAAGGGUUUCAGAGUAAACAGUUUCGCGAAAUCAUUUUUUUUUAAAUUUCUUGAAGUUAAACAUUUCGAAAAUAUUGUGUCAACAUUUCAAAUCAAUUGAAUGAUUCAGUGUAAGUUACCAAAAAUAUUUUUUGCUCACUUUCUGAAAAAAAAAUUAAACGCGUUUUUCUGAACACAAUCCUGCAAAAUCUGCUAAGCAGAUUCUUUUCAAACUUGUUUUUCACCUUAAAAUUGGCGGAAAAUUUAGCGCAAGAUCGCUUUUUUUGCUUAAAUAUGCCACUAUGAACUGUUAAAAAACCAAAAUAAUAACUUAAGAACGACGAAGGGGGUAGGAAUAACUCGAAGUUUAAGUAAAUUUAAGAACAUUUUUAAUUUCAGAUAAUUCUACGCCGAGCUAUCGUGUUUACCGCGCAACGUGAUUCUCGGUUUUCGGGAAUGCUCUGUUACCGCCUUAUUUUUCAAUAUUAAUAAUAUACGGAAAUGAAACUAAAUAUUCUUUAAUGAUGUUUUAUAAUGUAAAAAGUUUGAAUAAAUUUGCUUAAUAUCAUCUCCAUAAAAAAUUACAAAAAAAGUGUUUUUUGAUUCAAAUUGUCGCCUAGUACCCUCUAAAAAGUCCCAGAGAAGCUGAUCCAGAUCCGACUUCCGGCAUUACAGUGCGAUUAGUGAAAAAUUUCAAUUUCAUUGAUAUUUUUUCACAAGCGAUGGCGAAACGAGGUGUACAUUUUUAAAAAAAACUCAUCUAGCUGGGUGAUCUUGUAGUUGGUGAAUUUAUAAAACUACUAUGGGACUACUAGUCCCCGGAAAAGCUCAAAAACCGGAACUCAUUUCGAUUUCUCAGCAACGGUUAAACCGAUUUUCACCCAUCUUGAUUCAAAUUAAAGCUCUCAUUGUCUUAUAUAUACUGCGCAAUUUCAUCCAGAUCCGACUUCCGGUUCCGAAACUAUUGGGCGAUGAGUGUCAAAACAUUUAAAUCGUCAUUCCAAAUGACGAUGCAAAACGCGUCGGUACGUGCGGCUUUGCUCCGUUCGCAGCGUGCCUAGUUCAUUUUCAAUGUGUACCUACUUGGUAAUAUUAUCAAAAAAUCAUGAUAAAGCUUUUCUGUUAAAGCACACUUAUUGCCUUUCUCAUUUAGAAACCUCAUGCAAUCACUUGAAAAAUUGUCUAGUGAAAAUUGGAAAGGAGGGCUAAGUGUUAUAUACCAUUCGAAACAGUCAAUCGAGCUGAGCAACAAAUAUUAUAUAUCAAUAUUGAUCAUUGAAAUCAUUGAAAUUAAAUACAAAACGAAAAAGACAUCACAGUUACACCAUCUAGUGAUGGAAAAGGUUACUAAUUUAGUAUUGUUUAAUAGUUUUCGUUUAACAUGCACCAAUAUCUGGAAUGUCAAAACUAAUUGAGCAUGAUCCCUAUUUAAA